GGAUUUCUUCAGGAGCUCUCCUUCCCAGCUCCUUAUCACCGCCUUCCUCAUGCAUUUCUUCACUUUUGUUUGUCCAUCAUGGUUGCUCUUGGUACUGACAGUGAGCCGUCAUAGCCUGCUUGCUGACGCUCUUUACCUGGACUUGGACGACAAAGACAAUAUCACAGCGGUUGCAAGCACGGUGGCGUACGGACUGAUGAAAUAUUACACUGGCAAUGAAACUGGACAAAUACCUGGAGAAUUACCUGGCCCAUAUUACUGGUGGGAGGCUGGAGCAAUGUGGAUGACGAUGGUCGAGUACUGGCACCUCACCGGUGAUACCACCUAUAACGACGUGGUGAGCCAGGCGCUCUUGUUCCAGGCUGGAUCGGACAAAGACUACAUGCCCGUUAAUCAAACGAAAGACGAGGGAAAUGAUGACCAAGUUUUCUGGGCUUUCGCCGCUCUCGCAGCUGCGGAAGCUGGGUUUCCAAACCCGCCAUCUUCGCAACCACAAUGGCUCGCUCUCGCCCAAGCCGUCUUCAACGGCCAAACUACACGCUGGGACGCCUCUACUUGUGGUGGAGGGUUGCGCUGGCAAAUCUUCGCCUUCAAUGCCGGAUACAACUACAAGAACACUAUUGCCAACGGCGGAUACUUCCAACUGGCCGCCCGGCUAGCUCGAUACACUGGAAACUCAACCUACGCUGAUUGGGCAGAUCGCAUGUUUGAUUGGCUGCUCCAUUCUCCUCUCGUUACCAUCAGUCCAGAUGGGACGUCGUAUCAAGUCAACGACGGCAGUGGUACGCUAAACAACUGCAGUGAUGCUGACCACCUUCAAUGGACCUACAAUUACGGAACCCUUAUCGCCGGCUCCGCUUACAUGUACAACUACACCAACGGCAGCUCUGUUUGGGAAAAACAUUUACAAGGUUUGCUCAAUGGGGCCGAUGUCUUCUUUCCUCAACAAUAUGGAGGAAGCAUAAUGUCAGAGUUUGCCUGUGAAGGAAAUGAAGACUGUAACUAUGAUCAACCCUCCUUUAAAGCAUACCUAUCGCGCUGGAUGGCUGUCGCCUCUCAGCUUGCACCUUUCACCGCUGCAAACAUCACCGCGAAACUGCGCGCCUCGGCAGCCGGCGCGGCGCAGCAGUGCAGCGGGGGAGACUCGGGCCAAGCUUGCGGGCGGCGCUGGUACCAGAGCACUUGGGACGGGUAUACUGGUGUUGGCGAGCAGAUGAGCGCCCUGAGCGUGAUUCAAUCGAAUCUGAUUCCGCUUACACCUCAGCAAGCUCCAUUGAGUUCGGGCACCGGGGGUAGUAGCGCGGGCGAUCCCAGUGCUGGUACUAAGAAUGGGGCAUCCAAUCCCAUGGUUAUUCAGCCGAUUACUACCAAUGACAAGGUAGCUGCGGCUAUUUUAACAGCGUCGUUGUUGAUUGGCAUGCUGAGUGGUACAUUCUGGAUGCUUAAGGUGGAGUAA